CCUGCAGGAGUUAUGUGUAGCGGGCUAGCCUUCUCCCUCAGCCGAGUCUUAGGCUAGGCCCAGGUUCGGAGUUGGGUCAGCAUGAAGUGUCUGGUCACCGGCGGCAACGUAAAGGUGCUCGGCAAGGCCGUCCACUCCCUGUCCCGUAUCGGGGACGAGCUCUACCUGGAACCCUUGGAGUACGGGCUCUCUCUCCGGACUGUGAAUUCCUCCCGCUCUGCCUAUGCCUGCUUCCUCUUUGCCCCCCUCUUCUUCCAGCAGUACCAGGCAGUCACCCCUGGUCAGGACCUGCUUCGCUGUAAGAUCCUGAUGAAGUCCUUCCUGUCCGUCUUCCGUUCACUGGCGAUGCUGGAGAAGACUGUGGAAAAAUGCUGCAUUUCCUUGAAUGGCAAGAGCAGCCGCCUGGUGGUCCAGUUGCACUGCAAGUAUGGGGUGCGGAAGACUCACAACUUGUCCUUCCAGGAUUGUGAAUCCCUGCAGGCCGUCUUUGACCCAGCCUCAUGCCCCCACAUGCUUCAUGCCCCAGCACGGGUCCUGGGGGAGGCUGUUCUUCCCUUCCCUCCUGCACUGGCUGAAGUGACACUGGGCAUUGGUCGUGGCCGCAGGGUCAUCCUGCGCAGCUACCAGGAGGAGGAGGAGGUGGCAGACAACACUGUCAAAGCCAUGGUGACUGAGAUGAGCAUUGGAGAGGAGGAUUUCCAGCAAUUGCAGGCCCAAGAAGGGGUGGCUGUCACUUUUUGCCUCAAGGAAUUCCGGGGGCUCCUGAGCUUUGCAGAAUCAGCAAACUUGAAUCUGAGCAUUCAUUUUGAUGCUCCGGGCAGACCAGCCAUCUUCACCAUCAAGGACUCUUUGCUGAAUGGUCACUUUGUCUUAGCCACACUCUCAGAGACUGACCCACACUCCAAGGACCUAGGCUCCUCAGAGCUCCACCAGCCAGUGCCUCAGCUGCAGAAUUACAGCACACCUCACAUGGAGGACUUUGCCAGUGAUGACAUUGAGUCUUUCAUGAUUGCCAUGGAAACCACCUUAGGCAGUGAGGGAUCACGGGUAUUACCCUCCAUUUCCCUUUCACCUGGCCCCCAGCUCCCAAAUAGCCCUGACCCCCAGUCAGAGGAGGAAGAUGAAGCCGAGCCCACUACAGUGCCAGGGACUCCCCCACCCAAGAAGGUAAGGGCUGGAAGUGGAGGGAGGGGACAGGAAGGAAGGAGAGAAGCAGCCGCCAGAAAUUGCUGUUUUCUCUUUUCCAGUUCCGCUCGCUAUUCUUUGGCUCCAUCCUGGCCCCUGUACAUUCCCCCCAGGGCCCUAGCCCUGUGCUGGCUGAAGACAGUGAGGGUGAAGGCUGAACUAAAGAGGUCUGUGUCCAGAGGCCCUGGACUAGGUGAAGCCCCAGCCAUGGGGCACUGCAAAGGUGGACUUGUUGGAGCCAAGCUGGGGCUUCUGCGCCACCUGGCUAUCCGCUGUGGAGCUGCCUGCCUGGCCCACCCUGACUAGCCUGGGUCCUGCCAUCAUCCCCAGCCAAUCAUGUCUGUUCCAAGACCUAGUGCUGGGCUGCUACUUGGGUAGGGGUUCCUCACUGCUUAGGUAUUAUUGAGCCUUAGGCCAGGGCAGGAAAUCUGUGUUCCUUGGGCUCACCCUUCUAGGAAACCUGGCUCUGCUGGUGUACUGCAGCCAGCCAUGCCUGUUCCUUAAGUUCUUCACAGACACCCUACUCCACCCCCUGGGGUCUCUUGUGAAUGACAGAUUACUUUUCUUGUAUUCCCAAUGUAUCUGGCCCGGGCUUGGAAUUCUAAGAACUUCUGGGGCCCUGUACCCAGCAAGCCUACACUCCUAAGCAGCUGUGUGCAGAAGGGCUACCACGCCCAGCAUUUGGGACAAGGGAGACUGAGGCCAUGGUGAGAAUCCAGCUUUGACCUUUAUUCAAGAGACCAGAUGGGUUGCCCCAGGACCCGGCGACUAGCCCUAAGGCCAAGCAAGGCUGGAGACCCAGAAUCUGGCCUGCCAUUGCCCUGAGCUGCAGCCACGGCCCCAGGAUCCUGCUUGCAGCCACCGUGGGUACAAGCAGGAAUGAGCCCUGGGGGAUUGGACACUGCUAUUGAUUCAUUAAAAAAAAAAAACAAAAA